AUGUCAGCAAAACAAGCGGUUCUCUCUAAAAAUGCACCACCUCCCCUUCCCGGGAUCUACUCGCAAGCAAUUGUCGCCAAUGGAUUUGUUUAUUGCUCUGGUUGCGUACCCAUGGAUACAUCAACAGGCAAAAUAAUCGAAGGAGAUAUCAAAGCGCAUACUCAUCAAUGUAUUAAAAAUGUAUCGCAUAUUCUUGAAGCCGCUGGGUCGGAUAUCUCGAAGGUUGUCAAAGUCAAUGUCUUCAUAUCUAACAUGGACGAUUUUGCGGAGAUGAAUUCCGUCUAUACCCUUUAUUGGGGUGAUGUGAAGCCUGCCAGGACAUGUGUGGCUGUAAAAACCCUGCCAUUGAAUACUGAUGUGGAGAUUGAGUGUGUCGCUAUUUUGUAG